GCUAAAGUGGCCAGCUUCCAUGACCUCAACAACCCUCGUCAUUCCCCUCAUUGCCUCGUGCUUGGCCAUCAAUCCAUGAGCCAGCUGCUCUCCCACGUUUCUCUGUCCUCCCUGGGCGAGACGUGCGCUUCCUACUUAGACCACGUCGCUACCAAUCUUCCCCCGUCCCUGCACACCUUCCAUCACCAACUCGUCACCACUCUUUCGUCCACCAAAGCCUCGUCUGCCCUGCGCCUGCUCCCUUGGCCCGAGUUGGUCGCGGACCACGCCGAAAGCGCUUACAUCACCCCGGUCGCUUACACCCUUGUCGCCUGCACAGUUGUGCUUCUCGCCAUGUCGUGGCGCACCCCGUUCGCCAACUUCUGGCGCCGCGGCUCCCCCAGUUAUACCAACGUUGACAAUCCUCCUCAAGUCAGCGAUAGUGACUUCAGUUAUAUUACGCACGAUGAUAUUGUCGAUGCGCCCGCUCCCGGGUACCGGAACCAGUACGCCGGGGAGGAUAGCGAGCCCGACACCCUUAUAUUGAAGCACCGCAAGGAAAAGUACGAGCUGCACUUUCCUGCCUACGCUAUCAAUGACGGAGCCCUUAGUGUGGGUCAGCUGAGACAGCAGGCCGCGAAAGCGACGCGCACGCCUGACCCGAACCGGGUGAAACUGCUCUACAAGGGGAAGCUGCUGGACAACGACGCGCUGCCGUGUCGGUCGGAGGGGCUGAAACAGCAAUCGGAGGUGCUCUGCGUGGUGUCGGGCGUCGAGCCCGGUGAGAGCUCGCCCAGCGAAACUUCCGAGGCUGAGGCGGAGAGAAACGCCGAGUCAGCCCGUCAGGAGGAGUCGCGUCGCAAGCGGUCGGGCAAGGCCAAGAAGCGCCACGGCAAGAAUAAGAAGAAGGGGAAACAGGCCGAUGGUGCUGGCACUCUUGCACCGCCAGCCGAACCUUCGCGGCCGUCCUCCGCUGCCGGUGGAUCCGGCAUGCCCUCUCCUGCGCCCAGUCUCAAUGCUUUCCGCACGCCGCUUGAGCAGGUGGAUGGCCUACUGUCGUAUCUGCGUCGGGAGUUGCUGCCGCUAUGCGAAGAGUAUAUCGCGAACACCCCGACGGAUGAAAAGUCGCGCACUUUUGAGUACAAGAAGUUGAGCGAGACGAUCCUGGCGCAGGUCAUUCUGAAGGCGGACGGCAUUGAGGUGUCGGCCCAGGAAGGUGCUCGUGAGGCGCGCAAGGCUCUCAUCAGAGAGGCGCAGAAUGCACUCGACAGCCUGGACAAGGUGAAUAAGAAUUGAGGCUGCACCUUGUCUAUGUACAUGAUUUCGAAAGAUAUAUGGAAAGAUUAUGAUAAUAAUAUAAGACGAAAUAGAGAAUCAAUUACUUCGUUG